GCGACUUGCUGCGCUUUCGCAAUAUUUUUUCUUCGGCGCAGCUACAGUCGGUACUCAUUUUGUGCAAUCAGCAAUAGAAAUCCCGUGUCGUCAACUAUUUUGCCAAAACGGGUGUUUCAUCUGUGGACGGUGAUAGCGAGUGUUGUUUCUCCGUGUCAGCGCUCUCGGCUCGUCUGUUCACUCGGCAAUUUCAGUGAGUGAUGUUUAUCCGUAGCGAAUUCUAUGUAGACAGCUGUAGUACCACGUAGCUAAAUACAUCUACCGUAUAAUUCUAAUAGACGUGUCGCUCCAUUUCAGUGUUGGGAGCACAAUGGACAAACCCAGCAGCAACAGCAGUAGCAGCAAGACCAGCUUUCGGCGCUCACGGAAGAGCCAGAGAGUAUCUAGGUCACCGGGCACGUCCCGUGCACCCUGGAACGAUGUUGUAGCUGGUGUUGAACUCGAGAGGAAGAUGGAAGAGGAGAGAAUGAACCGCACACGUUCUCUGCUGGAGUCCAUCAACCAUGCUGCAGCGUCGGCCGUAUUACCCGAUAAACAGGUCUCAGACAGAGAGAGGGCAGCUAUCACCUGCCAAAAGUACGCAAGAGCAAAGCUGGCAAGAAAGGAGUUUGCUGCCCGCCUCUACGUGAGAUUCAUGGAGGAAGAAAAGGAGAGAGAGGAGAAGCAGCGACGACAAGUGGAAGAGGGAGAAGUGCUUUUAACCCUGAGAAGAAUGGAAACAGAGGUAGGAGAUGCCAAGACUGUGAAUGCUAACACACAGCGACGGAGAAACGAUGCUGCCACCCGCAUUCAACGAUGGUGGCGUAGACAACACAGCUAUGACUACAUGGAUGAUUACAGUGACCUUGAAGGCAUUCGUCUCAACCCGUUCACGUCCAUCAUCCCCGUAACAACGGUCUCGGCGUUCAGUUCGACUGCGCAGCACGCCCACGCUGACGAGCCACCAGCGCCUGGCAGUGCAGCGGCAACUGUGGCACGAAUCCACGAAGAGUACGCUCAGGACGACUGGGAUCUGACACCGGUCAGGGAUGUGGAUUCACUGGCCAUUGCUCAGUUAGAGGCACAGCUCCAGGCCAUGACUGAAAUGGAGGAAAAGAUCACGGCACGCAUUCCGGAAAUUUCUGACGACGAAGCCAGCAGUGAUGAAUACGAUGAUGACUGUCAUGAUGACGAUGAGGAGGGAGAUACAGAGAACACUCCCAAUGACUAUAAUGAUGAUGAUGAUCAGAAUGAUGAAGCCAGUGACGAUGAGGACAUAGAGGAUGAUGAGCGUGGCACUUUGGCAUCAGCAGCGAAACAAACUGAAGGAAGGCAACACUCUGCUCUUCAUUACCAUCCUCGUUCAUUCAGCCAGAAGAGUAUGAGCAUUGGAGACAUUCAUAAUGCUUCAUUUAGGAGCAUGGCGCACACGGCUACUGCUGCAAUUGCUUCCCCAGCAGACGCAAACUUGGAUUCUUCCCAGGCUCAUUGGCAGUCAGCCGGCAAUUUGUAUCACAUUUGCUACGAUUCCGGUGAAUUGCGUCAUCAUCACAAUCCUGACGAGUAUGGUCGCUCAGGCUCGACGGAGAGCGCUGGGUCACUUUCCAGCCGCAAGUCACCGGAUGGCUGCAGCAGUGGCCAGCCUACUCCAGUACACGAGACCAGUGCUCCAGCAAGGUCUGUAGACGACGCUUGUGAAUCAAAGGCUACAGGAAGUACCGCAAUGCAACCCCCUGGAGGUGAAAGUGAAGUGCGAGGUGAAGCUGCCGGUGUUAGAUCGAUAUCAUCCACAGGAUCUCUGCCAUUGGAACGGCAAUAUGAGAGUGUUGUACUGAGCAGUAAGUGGGCACAGAGGCGACUCACGCAAGCAAAUUUGGAGAAACUAAGUGACAUCCAGCUGCGGUGCAUUCUGAACGAAUUCAAGCUUCUGGUCACAAUUUCAUCGGAUGAGCUAGUUCGGCAACUGGAGCUGCGUGAUGAUAGUGUCCUAAGAAGAGAGAAACUCCAAGAGGAAGCUGGGAACCUAACACAACAACAGAAGAAACGAACGGAUGAAGAAAGAAGAGAGCUUCUCGCAUUUGGCGCAGAAGUGAAUAGAAAACUCAAGGAUAAGGAUCGCAAACGAUUCCGUCUGUUUUCACGCAAAUCCACAUAGUCACAGUCAAUGUACGAAAACGGUAUUGGGAUAUUUCAUCGGAUCGAUUCCAAUUCCUGUAGUUGAGUCUGUAAGCGGAUGGUGUUUCCAACGGCCAUUCCCCCUUGCUAUACUGUCCUGUAUGGCGUAUCCAGGAUGCUCUGUCAGGUCGUUGUCACCAGAAGAUAGUCUCAGAUUGAUAGUUUGUCUUCCGAACUUAAGCAACGCGUAUCGACAUGCUCAGCGAACCCGCCCGUGUCUCGUCCCAGCUGGUUUUCAGCUGAAAAAACUGAGUUUCUACCGAUAGUGCUCACCUGGCACUACUUUCAACUGUAUACCUUGAAACCUUACUGAUAGAGAAUGCAUGCCGCCUCGCUGUGUUGAAGAGUGGGACUGUUCAGAUAUAGAUUAUAACCCUCCACGCAAUCCAGUGUACGAUUCUCCUAUUAUAUCUUAUAUUGAUUCUCAUAUCCUUACGGUCUAUCAAAUCUAUCACCCCCGGUAAUGAAGAUAUUAGACCUCUAUGCAUUAUCUACCAAUCUACCAUCUACUAAAAUACAUGAUGUACUUCUACUACACAAGAAGAUGAAUGUAUCUUGCUAUUUCAAACCUGGCGAUCAGUCUACCAGUUUUGAACGAGGCCAUGCAUGUGAUGUAUGUGGUAUUUCCAGAAGUUUCCUCUGGCUUUGUUGAA